GGUGUGGUGCGUAGGCGGGAGCCGAGAGGGAGUCAGGCAUGUCCACUACCGCUGCGGCGCGCGCGUGCGGCGCCCGGUCGCUCUUGUCGCUGAUGCUACUGCUGCUGCUGGGCCUGGCCGCCUCGCUGCCGGGGGCGGUGCCCGCAGGUGGGGGCGGCGGGGGCGGCACGCCGGCCAGCCAGCACCUGCUGGUCUACCGGCUCGUGCUGCACACCUUCUGGGACAGGGCGCGCUUCCCCAAGCACUUCCCGGACUGGAGGCCGCCCGCACAGUUCUCUGCACUCAUCGGUCGGUCGCACAGCGGGCAGGCGGCGCCGCUGUUCCGCGUGGGCGCCGUGGCGUCGCCGGGGCUGCGCGUGCUGGCGGAGACGGGCCGCGCAGACUUGCUGGACGCGGCGCUGGGGCAGCCGGCGGCCGGCGUGCUCGACCAGUUCACCGCGCCGCCCGUGCGCGCCGGCGUCGGCCGCACCGAGACGCACUUCUUCGUCGACACCAACCACUCCAAGGUGUCCGCCGUAAGUCGCAUCACGCCGUCUCCUGACUGGUUCAUCGGCAUAGACAGCGUCGACCUGCUGGUGGCCGGUUCCUGGCUGGACUCCAUCACUCUUGAGGCGGACCCGCUGGACGCGGGCACGGACAACGGCUUCACGUUCACGGCGCCCAACUGGCGCACCGAGCCGCCGGGCCCCGUCUACCGCAUCACCAGCCGCGCGCCCGCACACCCGGCCGGCUCCUUCUACUACCCACAGCUGGACGAGCUGCCGCCCAUCGCCACCUUCCAGAUCAUCAAGGUGCGGGAGUACCGUCUGGGGGCGGUGUUCGAGCACGCGGCCGACGACCUGCGCUACGAGCUGGUGGUGCCGCAGCCCGCUGCCACGCCGCCCCCGCCGCCCACCAACAACGACGACCUGCAGAACGAGAUCGAGCAGGAGCGUCGCGAGCAGGCGCCGGCGCCCGCCCCCGCGUCCACGCCGCCCCCGGCGCCGGCCUCCUCGCCGCCCACCAGCACGGCUGCGGCGACCAGCACCACCAGCGUCGCACCGCCGGGCCCGCUGCCCCUCGUCUUCAAGCGCGGGGACAAGAAGGCGCUGCGCAAGCACAUCAUGCGCUACAACAAGAAGGCUGCCCGCAGGAAACUCAGGUCGGGCAUCCGCGACUGCCGAGUCGGCGACUGGUCGGCGUGGGGUCCGUGCAGCCAGUCGUGUGGCAUCGGCGAGAUGCAGCGGCGGCGCAAGGUGGUGCGCGAGGUGGGGCGUCGCGGCGGCAGGCCGUGUCCGCCUCUGGUGGAGACGCGCUGGUGCGGCAGCGCGCGCACCUGCGGCGCCGAGACGCGCGGCGGCUACUUCCACUGGGGCGCCGGCGCGCCCUAGCCGGGGGCCGCCGUCUGCUCCACAACCUCCCCGCCACCACGCACCUUCUGUAACACUUUGUGACUCCAUUUCAUUUGAGGAACCCUGCCUUCGACUCAUUCUUCACCAGACGUACAGCGCGCUACUGGGCACGCGCACUGUGUACGUGUUGACAGCGUAGCGUGUUACUUCGUUUGUGGUGUCGAUCCGAGACAGCGAGCUGGAGGGAUCGUUCCCAGAGCUACUGGAGAGCACCAGCUCGAGAACAAUUCUAAUGGCAUCAUUUGCGAGAACUGUAACAGUGUACAGAGUUUUUCAACAAGUCGGUGAAGUGCAGCACAGCGAAAAUUUCCAGGAACUCUUGUUAAGUACGUCCAAAAUCACAGGGUUACUACAAAAGCUCCUCCAUAAUUUAACGCUAUACUCCAUAAACUAGAAAUCAAGCGGAGAUUACUGACAACUGUUGGAUACUGCACAAGUUUUACCCACCGCGAUAUAAACGCAGUAUGCAUCCUCAUCUCGUCAGCGAACACAUUCCUUUCUAGUAUUUGUACGUGGCGGAUGCAGGUUUCAGUAAGUUCCAUUCAGCGAUCUUCAAGAUUCAGCGUGGUUGCGGAGCUAAAUACUUCUCUUGCUCCAUCUCCUCCUACACUCCGCUAAUAUUUCUAAACAAGCGGUACUUCCAACGUUCUUCAUAACCUUUUUAAAUGUUCGAACCUUUUCUAGUCCUAUGGAUUUCGCCUCUAGCGCUGCAUACUUUUACAAGUUACGUAGUCCUGAAUGGCUAGCCAAGUGUUCAACCAAUAAGUUCUUUCUUUCCCUUAGUAUUUUCCAUCUACUUCUUUACUUAUCUAUUCUUCCGAUUACUUCUCUACCUCCACCGCGUCUGCAUCUCUCAUAUGCAUCACAUGGACAAAAAUUUCUAUACCAGUAAGUCUUAAAAGACAAAUUGUUAUCCAGACAGCAGCCACCCAUCUGCUGACGCCACUACCUCUAUUAUGCUUUGAGGUAAACUGAAACCACGAAUACUGAACUUUGAGAACGUCUCCCUUCUUAUCACGGAUGACAUUAGCGAAUGGACGAUUUAACUUCGGAUUCGCAACAUCCCGAAUGUCGGUAAGUCGUUUGUAGUAACUCUGUUCAAAUAACGAUAUUCACAUAUUUAACCGAAACCUUGUGCGGUCUUUCAACGUCACUGUAUUUUGAAUAGCUGGAUUAAUGGCUACGUGAACAACGAUAACUGAAAUUUCUGCCCUCUAAAGACAGUCAGACGUCGCAAUAUUUGCGCUGAGUGUCCAAAUUACAUGACAAUUUCUAAAAUGUUUAAAAUACUAUAAGACACUACUGAGACGCUGGGCCGUCGAAAAUUUUGGUCCACCGAGUGCGUCACUUUUGUGCAUUCCGCUCUGGCGGAUGCGUGUACAAUAAUAAGAGUCUCUUUAAGUUUCAUUAACACAUUCGUUAGAAAUUAGCGAAAAUUUCGACGUCUUUUAAAUUACCAAUACGGAAAAUAGUUGUCACACUCUGGGCGUAAAUUUCAAGUAGACUUUCACUUGAAUAAAAUUCCUUUUCAUUACCUAGAAAUUGCACGAUUCGAACGAACUGACGGGUAGCUCGAAGAUAUGUAAGUUAUUCAAUUAGCGAAAGGUUUUAGAUUUAAUGAUUAAGUAUAAAUCCUUUUAAUAUAUUUCGGUAAGAUUCUACGCUAACACGACGGACUCUGCAAACGACACGAACUCCACGUGUCCAACAAUCACAACGUAAAGGAAGAGUGCGUCUUAAUAUUUGGUAGGUAAGAGUCAUUUCAUCGAUACAGAUGCGUAUCGAAAACUGUACAGUUGUCUAGAUUUGUAAGUUCGUAAACAGUUUGAAACACAGUACUGUAGCUGUUGUUAAGCAGAUAUUCUUGCUACUAUUGUAAAAGUUGGAAGAAAAAUUGUAAGAUAAUCACCUUUCAUACAGUGGCCUUUUAACUGUCAGACGUCAUGUUCGUCCUUGUCUCAGUUUAAUGAAAGAAACUGACUUUUAUUGUAACUCGAAAACUUCUUUUACUAACUCGCAGUGUAACAUUGUAAGAAAUUGUUGCCUUAUUUUUCAAUAAAUAUUGUGUACAAACCA